AUGAGCGACCGGGAAAAAGCAAACGAGAUGCUUAUGGCAAAAGAAUUGAAGAAUCUGCAAUUUGAAAAUCCGGGUACAAAUCAAGUUCUUGCUGAGUAUGGCUCUAUUGGCACCUCAAGAAGAAAACGAGCAGUAAGACAGAAAAACGAGCAAAGAACGGAACGCAAAGAUCCAUACCACGAUGAGAAAGGAAAAUUGGUUGUCAACGGAGAACGUUUCACAUUAUGUGACUGUUUGCGAGCUGCCUGUUCGGGUUGUCAUUGGCCUUGUCCAAGAUGUGUC